CCAGGGUGAGAUUAUAAACGGCCCCUAAUAAUCGUCGUACAUGAAGUACAUGCUUCUCGCAUGAAAUGCCAUUCAUGCAAACACAGAAUUUAAAACAUGCAACCAAACGCGCAACGUUUGCUUGGAUACUGAAGCGAAAAUGUUAUUUCAAGAAGGAAUCAAGAUGACCAAUGUAUAAUCCCUGACGUUAUUGUUAUGGACAACGUCUGAGAAAGAUUCGUGAAUUAUCUAGCGGCCUAGAAACAUUGUCAUAUCUAGUUGUCACUCGAGCAGACGGCACGCUGUGAUGUGAUCUGUUGACAAUGAAAUCAUGACAUUAUGAAGUUAACAUUUGCAUUUCCUGCUGUUUAUCAAUAUAUUUUAUGAAUACGGGAAUUGUGACUGGUUAAAUGAUAGCUUCCUUGGAGCAAAAUGGGGCAAGAGAGUAGCAAGUUGUUGUCCAAACGCCGUGUUGAACAGGUCGAGAAAGUUAAUCUGUUAUGCAAAGAAAACCAAGCUGCUAUGAAAUGUAAGUUAACUCAAUUGUGAUUUCGUAAAGGGUCAUUCCAUUUAUUAUCCGCACCCCCCCUAUGGAUGAGCGGAUUCCUACCGGUCAGAUAUUAGGACUUAGGGGAUUCCUACUGGUCAGAUAUUGGGAAUUAGCAGAUUCCUUCGGCCCGAUUCCUACCGGUCAGAUAUUGCCGUCGAGGUGUAGCAUACUAUAUUGCCAAAUAUUUAUUAUGAGAAUCAUAAUCAUUCCAUUUAUUAUCCUCACCCCCCCCCCGGUCUGACAUUGGGAAUUAGCAGAUUCCUACCGGUGAGAUAUUGGCAAUUAGCAGAUUCCUACCAGUGAGAUAUUGGCAAUUAGCAGCAUUCCUAGGGUUUAGAUUGAUACUGUCGAUUCCAACAGGGUACUUCUCUGAAAUCCGAUUCCUACAGGUAACAUUUUUACCAGAGCUCAUCCAUAGGGGGGGUGCGGAUAAUAAAUGGAAUGACCCAAAUUCGUAAUAUAUUGUAGUCCAGGAUGUUUUGGUUUUUAACAAAGUCAUCUAAAUUGCAAAAUGAUUAUUGUUUUGAUCCUUUUGACAAUUGAUACCAGUACAGUUAAUACAAUAUGCCCCUUUUGACCCUUUCAUAUGAUAAACCAGGGUCUUAGCUAGAGGGCCGUGUUGGCCGUGUUAUCGCGGGCAAAAAUGGAAAAACACGGCUAGAUAAAAUGAACACGGCUUCGUUAUUUAUAUAAGGCCGUGUAGGUUCAUAAAAUAAGAUGGUGCUUCUUACAAGAGACAGAAUUUCUUCCUAUUUACGUCGUAAGAAAGUUUGUAAAAUCUACUGUAAUUUUUUGAAAUUGGCAAAAGUGAUCCGUAAUGUUUUAAUGUUUUGAUGGAUAAUGGGAACCAUAUGGUGUUAACAUGGCUUUAAAUACCCCCAAGAGUUGCUGAAAUAACUUACUAUAAUUUCAAUGUCAGUACGCGAUGUGAGCGUAUGCUCGCCUUGUAUUUGGUUGCAAAGCAUACAACAACCACAGGCAUUGUCUGUUGUUGGCGAGCAUAACUAGUACCGUGAAUUUGGCCGUCCAAGGUAAUUGACAUGGGCACACCCUGGUCAUUUAGAAACACGCCCAAGAUCUAAAAUCCUAGCUAAGACCCUGUGAUAAACUGAUAUGAUUGAUCCAAUUAAUUGCCUUCUUGAUAUAUCCUUGUUCAUGUUGCGACACAUAAUGUUGAAUCCAUGUUAUGAGUGGGUAUAAAAAAUUAAUAUACAUGUAUGUGGGUUUUUAUAUUAGCCUGCAAGUCAAUGUGGUAAUAUUUAAUUCUUACCCAAAAAGAACCGUGGUUAUCCAUGGCACAGAAUACUAUACAGAAGUCCAUCUCCAUGGUUUUUUGCGUAAGCGCUAUUUGUCACUUAGCAAGUACCGUAAACAAAAACAAUCUCCCCCCCUAGAAAUACUCAAAAUGGGGCACAUGCAGGGGUGACCCAGCACUUCUGUUUAUGGUACCGGUACUUGCUGAGUGACAAAUCAUGACGAAUAGUGCUUACGCAAAAAAACAAUGGAGAUGGACUUCUGUAUAGUAUUCUGUGUCCAUGGUGUACUGGAAGGACAUAGCAAAUGGAUAUCAUGACGGGCAAGUAAACGUUUUUAUCUUGCUUUUACAAGCCCGAUUGGGCAAGUUGCCUUGCCACAAAAAACUGGGCAUCUUUAAGUUUAAUGUUUUCAUUGUCGGAUAAUUUUUUUGUAGUGCAUGUACUUACAUAGCCAUGUAGAGCACUGGGGGAACAGGUCGACAUGUUGUCUCCUUAAAUUAUACCCCAUACCUAGGUACAGUACUGCCAAGAAAUAACUCAUCAAAAGACGUGGGUAUCCUGCGUCCACUGUGCGUCUAUAGGCGCCCAUGGGUGCAUCCGUCCUGUGGGGUCCGUCGUACGUCCACUAUGUGUUUGCGGGUGCAUCCGAUGUGCUGGCACUAUGCGUCCGCUUUGCGUCUGCAGGUGAGGACGCAGCUGAGAAAGAGUUCUCUUCGUAGAUCGUCUUUGUCUAAUUUGUUUUGAAGCUAUAAACAAGCUAUAUAGUGGCUCGAGUCGUAAUGAUAUUUUAUAUGAAAAAUGAAAAGCACUACGUAUAUAUUGUAAUAACCAUCUUCAAUUUAAUACACUGACGAGUUAUGGAGGCAUAACUUUACUCAAAUACAAAAUUGCAUAUCAGUUAAUUGGCAAUCUUCUACGGAGGUAUGUCAGAAAAUGAGUAGCAAAUUAACGUGUGAGAUAUAUACUUGUUGUAGUCGUGAUCUCACUGAGUUCAUAUGUGUUUAUAUUAUACUUAAAUAUAUAUAGUUUAUGUCCAUAAAUAUUAGUUCAUGUCUGCAAAUAUUAGUUCGUUUUUCCGAUUAUGUUACGACCACUGCGUCCAAGCGGACACAGUUUGUUGAGGCAGGACACAGGCAGAGUGGACGCAAGAUGCGGGUGCUCUGGAGGCAGGACCCGGGCACACGUGGGGUUAAGUUAUUUCUUGGCAGUACUGUACCCCAGUGGCCAUUGUCUGAUGGCAAGUUAAUUUUAUUCAGGGCAACUAUGUCCAACUUGUCCUGAGGGCAAGUGGUCAAAAAAGUAAAGUUACACUACUGACAUGCAUAAGACACAUCCGCAUGCAGGUUGAUUUACCCUUUCCAUCUUGUUUGCCUGUUGUCACAGUCCGCCUGGAGUGAGAAAAACUUUGGGGACAAGAUUGGUGGGAUAAACCCCCUAAAAAACAAGAUAUCUUGAUUGUGAGUUAAUCUCAUUAGCCAGAAUCUGGCUAGAUCAUGCCUGUAUAAUAUUUAGUUUUUUUGCAGGCAGCCAAAAAAAUUUGCAGCUUGCCGUGCAUGGUCCAAACUUGCCUGCUUUGCUACCGAAGAAAGUUUUUUGAGUUAUUGUCAAAAUUGAGUGUCUGCUAAUCUGCUCAAACCCAUUAUUUGUAAUAAUAUUCCAUGAACGGAAAUCAAGUAAGCUGACAACACCAGUACACCACUGUUCAAAGAAAAAUUUCUGAUGGCAUCAUUUGAUAAAUUUGCUCAGUAAAUAUUGCAAAAUAUAUUCAGAAAAAUUGAAAUUUUCUACUUAAUUUCUACUUAAGCAUGCAUGAGACCUUCUGAACAAGGAUUGCAGUUAGCUUCAGGCACUUGCAGGUAGCACCGCUACCUAGUGUAGGAUCCCAAUAUCUGACAGGCAUGGCCAAGAUAAUUAUAAAAAAUAUUCGGCUAUAUGAUAUUGUUUACUGUACUUAAGGUUCAGGCCUUCUUUUCAUACUAAAAAUGCAUGAUGUAAUAUGGUUUAAAAAGUACACUUUUGUUAAUGAUUUAUUUAUUUAUUUAAUAUUAACUUUGCCAUCAUCAUAUGUAUAGAAUGGCUGGCCUGGAAACCACAACAACUAUUGCCAAUAGACCCUUUGCACUGACGUCACAAAUCCUUAGAGUGUCCUCCAGAAUCCAGAUGCUCCCUAACAGUAUCUGUUCGGGUACAACAACCACAUACAGUGCAAAAAUUUACCAUUUUAACACAAAAUUGUUAUAAACUUUUAAAAGUUAUUAUUAUGCAUAGAUUGCUAAUUUGUCCUCCAGAUGCAUCGUCACCGGCGCUGUGACGUCGUGUGCAGUGGGUCUAUAUACCUUUCCCCUUGUGAGUGAGAUUUUGAUCUAUAGAUAUGCCUGCAUGGACAAAAAGUUCAUAACAGCUUGAAAGAGCAUCACAAAAUUAGUAAUAUUCCGAAGUUUCGUUGCGAAAUGUUGUAAAAUGCGGAUAAUAUAGCCUUGCGAAGUUUGCCGUUUUUCAGUCAUUUUGUAUUACAAAUGGGAAAUUGAUAAUCAGUUUGAUCAUCUGAUUAUCAAAUAUCAAUUUCCCGUUUGUAAUGCAAAAUGACUGAAAAACGGCAAAUUUCGCAAGGCUAUAUUAUCCACAUUUUACCACCUUUCACAACGAAACUUCGGAAUAUUACUAAUUUUGUGAUGCUCUUUCAAGCUGUGAUGAAAUUGUUGUCCAGACUUGUCUACUUAGAUCAAAAUUUCACUCAAAAGGGGAAAGGUCUAUUACUGUAGCCCAAUAGUACAGACACAAAUAAUAUAGUUAUUAAGGCCUGAACCUUACUGUAGAUAACCAAUAUCAGUAUUUGGCUGGAUAAUCCAGUUGGAUAUUUUUCACCUAUCCUGUGUAUCCGCGAUCUAGCCAGAUUGAUAAAAAAUCGGCUCUAUCCAGUGCACCUAUACACAAGAUUUAAACUCAAAAGAAUUUCCCUACAAUGACUAAAGUUAUCAUGUGGGAUAAAUGUGAUUGAUAAACUAGCAGUCGAAGGUGAAUGCACUGUACAAGUAAUAACUUUGAUUCUGGGCUCGAAGUAGAGAACAAAAUAUGGCCUGCCAGUCUAAAAUUUUUUGGCAGGUGAAAUAAAUUUUUAGCCUGCCAUUUUUAUUCAUUGAACUGCCAAAAUGGCGAUAUGUCUAAUAUGAGUCAUAUUGUAAAAUCAAUGUUUUCACGACAUGCAUUUUUUAUUAUUUUUAAACUUGUCUGUUUUACUAUAGUAAACUUGGAUUUACAUUUCAAAUAUAAACGUAUUUAGUCAACUAAAUGAUCUAGUAUAUAUGAGUUGUGGUAAGCAAAUGAAAUGAAAUAUAAUUUAUCUAAAUAAAUAGAAUUUCACCUGCCAUUUUUUUUAUUACUUCAGUGAAGUUGGCAGUUCAAAUUUGUUUUGGCCUGCCAUUUCUAAAAUAUUGCCUGCUUUUGGCCAUCAUGGCAGCCCGCUACUUCGAGCCCUGCUUUGAUUCAUUAUUAUAUGCGUGACAAGAUGUCAAUAUGGACAUGGCCGCUAUAUAAUUGUUUUACAAAGCUGGUUACAGAUGAGCGAAUUUUUUAUGAGAAACAUUGAAAUUUUCAUAUGGCAGAUUUUAUUCACUUGUUUGAUUCAUUAUGCUACUGCAGGGCUUAAAAAAUAAAUCCGAAAAUAAAUGCGGUGCGAGGUCGUACAUGUACGUUCUGUACUAUUAAGUUGACGUACGUUUAAUCGAUGUUGAUGUACGAUUUUUCACACUAGUUUUCGUAUUAAAUUCCCGUAUAAAAAUACGUUUGAAAUGCUGGAUUUAAACGACGUAAACAAAAAUGGCGGUCCAGGAUUCGAGCAGUGAACUCAAUGUUUCCAGAUCAAUGUUUCAUGUUUGAUUGUUAUAAAUAAAUGGAUAUUUCAGGAUCAGGGUUAGAGGCGAAUGUUUGUUCAUUGUCUGAAGGAUUUUAAGGCAAACAGAAAGAGUUAACGGUUCAGCUCUGCAGUAGGACGUGUACGCGAUCGUACUUAUUAUACAAUUACUUUAUGGUUUCCGUGUUUGGAUGGCCUGAAUUGAUCCAAACACGCGAGAAUGUUGGGAGAGUUAAGAAAAGCGCGUGAAAUCACGAACCGAAGGCGAGUGAUUUUGCGUGCUUUUCUUAACUCGAGCAACAUUCCCAAGUGUUUGGAUCAGGCCAUCCAAACACGGAAACCAUAAAGUAAUUGUUUUAUAAAAUAACAACUUUCCGUGUUAAAAUUUCACUUUAAAAAACUUUCACUUUGAAUUUCUGUGUUUGGAUGGCCUGAUCCAAACACGGGUUUCGACCAAACAGAGCACGCGUUAUAUACAUGUUAUUUUAUAACUGAAAUUCUUGGCGUACACAAAGCCAAUUUCGGCGUACAAUCGUACGUCCGUACGCCUAUUUUUUAAGCCCUGGUUACUGAGCUUUUGGACACAUGUACAUGUCAUAGAUGAAAUUUGCCAACUGAAUGCACAAAGUUUGCUCGUCUGUAUGGGUUAACAACAAAGCUUGUCAAAGUAAAUUGAGCACUUUUGAUACAGUUGAUCAGUUAUCUAAUUGCUUGCAGUACCUAUCGUAGUUAAUUUGUUGUAUGCACACAUAGGCAACUGGCAAAUAAACUUGCCAGAUGAAAACUUAUACAUAUAAUACAGUAUGAAACUAGUUUUUCAUACAGUAUCUCUGAGGAUUGUACUUGUCAUGGAAAACUUAACCAGCUUAAGCAUAAACAACUUAGAUUUGACGUGAAUUUUUUAUUAUCCAUUUGAAAGAAUCGUUAAAACUGUUAUCAUCUUGUACAGAAUUUGGUUUAUGCGCUUCCUUGGUGAGAUAAUUCGGUUUUCUUACUAUGCAGUGGAAAUGAAUGAUUUUGCGUCAAUCUGUGCAUAAUCAGUGAUGGUUUUAAGUAUCAGUUGUCUUUUCUUUUGUGGAUUAAAUCACUUGAGAUUGCGCAUACCCUGUACAUUGUUUUAUGAAUACAACGCAUGAGCAUGACCUUUUCCAAAUGAUUUGUUGGUUAAGAGCAGCGCAUUAUACAUAGUUUAACGUAAAUUCGGUUCUACUGCAUAUCAAGAAAACUGACUUUUCUCACCAAAAGGAAGUUACUUUAAAGUUCUGACGAUUCUUUCAAACGGGACAAUAAAAUUUGCGCACCCUAUCACCGUAAGAGUUGUACAGCAUGGAUCAAUUAGUUCAUUUGUAGUUCAAUCAAGAUUGUGAACUGUUUCUAAUUCUAAUCGUAUUUUAUGUUUAGUGAGUACUUCCAAAAUCGAUACAUUGAAGCAACUGUAUCACAGACUGGCAGCUCUAUCUCCAGAUGAUGAAUACAUUGACAAGCAAACAUUGUAA